AUGGAGUUGAAAGCUCAAAUUUUGUCGCCUGCUAUUACGUUAUGUAUGGCAGUAGUUACAUGGUGUCAGACAAUUGAUUUUGAUCACUGUUUGAGUGCUGGCUUCACAAAAGAUCUCACUUGCAGAUCUUGCAAAGACCUGCCUAGAUACAGAUUAGAUUUCCUCGUUGAAGAUUGUAAUAGUUGUUGUGCAGCCGAAGAUGAGUUACCUCAAAAACCGAACAAUGUUAUUAUUUUAUAUUUUUGUAGUCCUACCCAUUUGCUGAACUUAGUGUAUGUCAAUGAAAAUUGGGUCGGUAUCCGCAAGUUGAAGCCCAAACAGUUCCCCGGCCUCGAGAUAAGGUACGUGAGGGGGGCUGACCCUACAGUUAAACUCAUGAAUGAGAACCGAGAAACUGUUGAGGUGUUAGGCGUCGACAAGUGGAAUACCGACUCUAUAGAAGAAUUCUUUAAGGAACGAUUAUCAUCUUAA